AUGACGACUCUAAACAUUUGCCCAUUGAUCACCCCCAGCACGACCGACUGCAUAAAUUUUGAGAUUUACUCGGGAGCUAAGGACAUGGACCGUUUACCUGGCGAACCAGACCUCGGAGCUGUGUCGAAUACAGUUAUUCGAUUGCUACGACCAGUACCAAGGCAUGUCAAUCAUAUAAUUUAUUUUGACAAUUUUUAUACGAAUAUUCCUCUGGUACAUUACUUGACCAACGAAGGUAUUUAUUGUCUUGGAACAGUACAGAGAAACAGGCUUGGAAAGUCGUGCAAGUUGCCGGAGAAACGGGAGAUUAUGAAAUCCAACGUACCCAGAGGAACAUAUCACGAAAAUGUGGCCUCUCACGAAGGCCUAGAAUUGUCGGCCACAAGUUGGAAAGACAACAAACAGGCCAAUAUUCAAAUAUCAUGUCCUCGGGUUGUAAAAGAAUAUAAUGCACACAUGGGCGGCGUUGAUUUGAUGGAUAGCUUCAUUGGUCGAUAUCGCAUCCGCAUAAAGUCGAGAAAGUGGACAACGAGGCUCUUCUACCACUUGUUAGACAUGACUGUCAUCAAUGCUUGGGUACUGUACAAAAAGGUAAACACAAGGAAAGGAAAACUUCAGAAGAAUAUUAUGAAGUUAGCAGAUUUUAGAACUGAGCUUGCCGAUACUUUAUGUAGAUAUCAAAGUCACUCAAAAAAUAAAAGGGGCAGACCCAGUACCAACAGUCAACAAGACAAUACAGUACCCUCUAAAAAACCCCGGACAGGUGCACAAGUACUACCCCCAACUGACGUGCGUUCCGAUUGUAUUGGCCAUGAAAAAAUAUUUAUGGAGUCUAGGAAUAAAUGUAAAUUUAGUAAUUGUAGGAAACUUACCUCCUGGUUCUGUAAAAAAUGCAAAGUAUCGUUAUGCGAUAAUAAAAACAAUCGAUGUUUCGCAUUAUUUCAUGCAUAG